AUGGCCUCUCGAGCCCUGUUCCUCCUGGGUGCUCUGGCUUCUUAUCAUGGAUUCAACCUGGAUGUGGAGGAGCCCGUGGUCUUCCAAGAGGAUGCAGCCGGUUUUGGGCAGAGUGUGGUGCAGUUUGGCAGAUCUCGGCUUGUGGUGGGUGCCCCCCUGGAGGUGGUGGCAGUCAACCACACCGGACGCUUGUAUGACUGUGCAACUCCCACUGGCCGGUGCCAGCCCAUCUCGCUGAACAUCCCCCCAGAGGCUGUGAAUAUGUCCCUAGGCCUGUCUUUGGCAGCCUCCACCAACCAUUCCCAGCUGCUGGCCUGUGGCCCGACCGUGCACAAAGCCUGCGGGGAGAACAUGUAUGUGAAAGGCUCCUGCAUCCUGUUGGGCGCCCACCUGCAGAUCAUCAGGACAGUCCCAGCUGCCCUUCCCGAGUGUCCAAAUCAAGAGAUGGACAUUGCCUUUCUGAUCGACGGCUCUGGCAGCAUUGCCAGAAGUGACUUUGACCAGAUGAAGGACUUUGUCAGAGCUGUGAUGGGCCAGUUUGAGGGCACCAACACCCUGUUCUCGCUGAUGCAGUACUCCAACCUCCUGAAGGUCCACUUCACCUUUACCGUGUUCCAGACCAGCCUGAGCCCUCAGAGCCUGGUGGAUCCCAUCAUCCAACUGAAAGGCCUGACGUUCACGGCCACGGGCAUCCUGAAAGUGGUGACAGAGCUAUUCCAUAGUAAUAAUGGGGCCCGUGAGAAUGCCAAGAAGAUCCUCAUUGUCAUCACAGAUGGACAGAAGUACAAAGACCCCCUGGAGUACAGUGAUGUCAUCCCCCGGGCAGAGAGUGCUGGCAUCAUCCGCUAUGCCAUUGGGGUGGGAGACGCUUUCAAAAAACCCAUUGCCAAGCAGGAGCUGAGCACCAUUGGCUCGGUGCCCCCGCAGGACCAUGUGUUUGAGGUGGACAACUUUGCAGCACUUGGCAGCAUCCAGAAGCAGCUGCAGGAGAAGAUCUUUGCAGUUGAGGGAACCCAAUCAAGGACCAGUAGCUCCUUUCAGCACGAGAUGUCACAGGAAGGCUUCAGUUCAGUGCUCACAAUGGAUGGCCCAGUUCUGGGGGCUGUGGGGAGCUUCAGCUGGUCUGGAGGUGCCUUCCUGUAUCCCCCAAAUAUGAGCCCCACCUUCAUCAACGUGUCUCAGGAGAAUGUGGACAUGAGGGACUCUUACCUGGGUUACUCCAUCGAGCUGGCCCUUUGGAAGGGGGUGCCAAGCCUGGUGCUGGGGGCACCCCGCCAUCAGCACACCGGGAAGGUUGUCAUCUUCACCCAGGUGUCCAGGCAAUGGAGGCCGAAGGCUGAAGUCACAGGGACCCAGAUCGGCUCCUACUUCGGGGCCUCCCUCUGCUCUGUGGAUGUGGACAGAGAUGGCAGCACCGACCUGGUCUUCAUCGGGACCCCUCAUUACUAUGAGCAGACCCGAGGGGGCCAGGUGUCCGUGUGCCCCAUGCCCAGGGGGCAGAGCAGGUGGCGGUGUGAGGUCAUUCUUCGGGGGGAGCAGGGCCACCCCUGGGGCCGCUUUGGGGCAGCUCUGACAGUGCUGGGGGACGUGAAUGGGGACAAGCUGACAGACGUGGCCAUCGGGGCCCCAGGAGAGGAGGAGAACCGGGGUGCUGUCUACGUGUUUCAUGGAGCCUCAGGACUGGACAUCAACCCCUCCCCCAGCCAGCGCAUCACGGGCUCCCAGCUUUCCCCCAGGCUCCAGCAUUUUGGGCAGUCGCUGAGCGGGGGUCAAGACCUCACCCAGGACGGACUGGUGGACCUGGCCGUGGGGGCCCAGGGGCACGUGCUACUGCUCAGGAGUCCACCCGUGCUGAAGGUGGGAGUAACCAUGCAAUUCACCCCUGGGGAGGUGGCAAAGGCUGUGUACCAGUGCUGGGAGGAGGUGCCCAGAGCCCUGGAAGCUGGGGAUGCCACAGUCUGUCUCACUAUCCACAAAAGCUCACUCGACCAGUUAGGUGAUGUCCAAAGCUGCGUCAGCUAUGAUCUGGCACUGGACCCAGGCCACCUGCUUUCUCGUGCCAUUUUUGAUGAGACCAAGAACUCGACUUUGACUCGAAGAAAAACCCUGGGGCUGGGGGAUCACUGUGAAACCGUGAAGCUGCUUUUGCCCGACUGCGUGGAGGAUGUGGUGAGCCCCAUCGUCCUGCGCCUCAACUUCUCCAUGGUGGGGGUGCCCAUCCCCUCAUCCCAGAACCUUCGCCCUGUGCUGGCUGUGGGCUCACAAGCCCUUUUCACUGCUUCUCUCCCCUUUGAGAAGAACUGUGGCCAAGAUCGCCUCUGUGAAGGGGACCUGAGUGUCAGCCUCAGCUUCUCUGGCCUGCAGACCCUGAUAGUGGGGAGCUCCCUGGAACUCAAUGUGACGGUGACUGUGUGGAAUGAAGGCGAGGAUUCCUAUGGAACUGUGAUUAACUUCUACUACCCAGCAGGGCUGUCCUAUCGAUGGGUGUCAGGAACCCAGAAGCAACCACACCAGCGUCCACUGCACCUGGCAUGUGAGGCAGUGCCCACUGAGGAUGAGGGCCUGAGGGGCAGUAGCUGCAGCAUCAAUCAUCCCAUCUUCCGAGAGGGUACUAAGAGCAUCUUCAUAGUCACAUUCGAUGUCUCCUACAAGGCCACCCUGGGAGAAAGGUUACUCAUUAGGGCCAAUGCAAGCAGUGAGAAUAAUAAGCCUGCAACCAGCAAGACUACCUUCCAGCUGGAGCUCCCAGUGAAAUAUGCUGUCUACACAGUGAUCAGCAGGCAGGAAGAGUCCACCAAGUACUUCAACUUUUCAACUUCUGAUAAGAAGAGCAGGAAAGAGGCCGAACAUCGAUAUCGUGUGAAUAACCUGAGCCAGCGAGUUCUGGCCAUCAGCAUUAACUUCUGGGUUCCCAUCCUGCUGAAUGGCAUGGCUGUGUGGGAUGUGGCCGUGCAGUCCCCUUCUCAGAGUCUCCCCUGUGUGUCAGAGAGGGAGCCUCCCCAGCAGUCUGACUCCCUGACCCAGAUUCAACGGAGACCUGUGCUGGACUGCUCUGUUGCUGAGUGUCUGAGGUUCCGCUGUGACAUCCCCUCCUUUGGCAUCCAGGAGGAGCUUGACUUCAUCCUGCAGGGCAACCUCAGCUUCGGCUGGGUCAGCCAGACACAACAGAAGAAGGUGUUGGUCGUGAGUGAGGCUGAAAUCACUUUUGACACAUCUACGUACUCCCAGCUUCCAGGACAGGAGGCGUUUAUGAGAGCCCAGACGGAGACGGUGCUAGAAGAGUAUGAAGUCCACGACCUUGUCCCCCUGGUUGUGGGCAGCUCCGUGGGAGGUCUGCUGCUGCUGGCUCUCAUUGCAGUCACACUGUACAAGCUUGGCUUCUUCAAACGUCGGUACAAAGAAAUGUUGAAUGACAAGCCUGAAGACACUACCACAUUCAGCGGGGAGGACAUCAGCUGUGAGGCCCCAAACAUACCUUUGUCCUAA